ACAUGUUUUAUUUUCCCCCUCACAGGUUGCAUUGUAUACAGUGGAGAGUGCAAUGUCACCCCAGUUAAUGAGACAAAGGUUUGUGCGGGUGUCAACAGCACUGCUCUACAGGGUCGCCUUGACAACGGGCAGAUCAGCGGAGUCCUCUGUGAUUUCGGCGUCGAUGUUUACGCUUGUGGCUCGCUGUCUAUGUUGACAUCGGAAAACUUGGUGAGCCUGUUGAAGUGUAAGCUGUCUGGUAACACCAGCCACUCAGCACAGAUCUGGAAGCUGUUCUUCUCUAAGGUCUCGGUGGUCCUGAACUCAGCCCUGGAUCUCUUCUCCAACACCACACUAGACCCCAGCUCUCCAGCAGUGUCCCAGGCCCUGGAUGCUAUACGAGAGGUAAGGCUAGACAGCUUCAGCCUGGCUAGUCUCAGAGAUGAGAAAAUCAUCAACCUCUGGUUCAACACCAGACUGCGUCCCUUCCUACCUGCCGUCUCCACUGACUUCCUGUCCUGCCUCGGCACCAAGAACUUCAGCUGCUCCACCUACCAGACCACCGUUCAGAUCCUGAGCAGCCACCACUCAGCCAUGGACCAGUCCAGACAGAUAUCAGUCUAUACUACCUUCAUAGAGGUCUUUCUUUCCAGGAACAACACAGCAGACCCCAGCUGUAGCUCUGACACCCUGAACAGUGGAGACUGGCUGCUGAAGAACUUCAGAGGAUUCUCUGCCUUCGCCUCCUUCAAGGACAUGCAGAGACUACUGGCCACCUUCUCUGUGACGGAGGCCCUGCCCCAGCUCACAGUGAGACAGUUGGCAGAGGUGUCCUCUAGUCCAGACCAGCUCAGCUCUGCUGCAGACGUCACCAUGCUGAUGAACUACGUACCCAACAGCCUCUUCACUGACUUCUUCACUGACUUCUCUCUGGCCAUCACCGGUCAAGAGUCUAAGUUCCCGGUGGUGGUGCGUUCAGCCAUGCUCCAGCAGGUGUUUGAACGCGGGAACCUAUCAGACCGCUCUGUUAGCGACCAGGAAGUACUCACCUGGCUUCAGAGCAGGCUCCGCCCACUGCUGAUCAACCUGUCCCCGCUCCACGUCGCCCCCCUCUUCAGUGUGGUCGCAACGAGGAACUGCAACAUUGGACAGCAGCUGGUGGAGGUGCUGAACUCCACCCUCCCUACACUUCAGGACAACACACAGAGAAACGUCUACGAUCAAAUCACCCUCUCCCUCCAAGGCUCUUCCCCACUCCGUUGCUAUGGCACAAACUACAACCACAGUUUCUAUGGUUACCUGGAGAGUUCCUUCCUGGGUUUCGGCUUCCCCAACCUGACCACCUUCCUCUCCCUCAUACCCCAUAGCCAGAUGGAACAGCUGGUGAACUCUCUGCCUGUCUCUGACCUGGGUCGUUUCCUGCGCCGCCCCAAUGUUGUCGACGACGACACAAAACUCUGCCAGCUCUACAGCAACUACGCCAAGACCCCACUGUUCCUGGGGACUGAGAGUAUCCCUGAGUCAGUGAGGCGUCCCACACUGCCGUGUGUCUGGCCCCAGGCUCUCAGCAGCAGUCAGAGGUCAGAGGUCAACGCCUGGUUUGACCUGAGGCUGAAGAACUACCUGCCCUUCCUCACCAGGAGCCUGGUGACCUCCGCCGCUGUCCAGACCGCCCCUUGUCUGGCCUUCCAGAAACUCGUCUCAAUUCUGGGGAGUUAUAACUACAGCGCUGCCGACUUUGUGGAGAGAGAUGUGUACAGGGAGACCAUCAGGACGUAUCUCACCUCAGCGUCGGUUCCUAAGUGUUACAACGCCAGUGAUCCAGAGCUCAACUCAACUGCCUGGUUUGCUGAGAACAUCGGACUCUUCGUCACUUAUCUCACCUUGGAAGACCUCAACACCUUCGGAUCAGCGCAGGUGUUGCAGGUGUUCACAGUGAACCUGGUGAACAUAGGUCUACUGAACUCCACUAGCCUGCCCCAGAACCUCACUGACUACUACACAUCACUGGUCUACCUACAGGACAGCAACUUCAACCCUCUGUUUCUUCCUCUGUUGUUUCGAUGUGUGGCCCCAGGGCCAGCCUUCAGACAGCUGGACGCUGAGCAGAGCCUGAUCCUUCUACACAACCUGACUACACUGUGUAGAGACCUGGACCCACAGGUGUCUGCAGCUCUAGCAGCUAACAUGGGAGACAACAUAAACAGCAACACCAUCGCUGCCCUCGGCAGAGAGAGUACAGGUCUAUCUGAGGGUCAGAUCACCAUGGCACCCGCCAGCGUUCUGUGGGAUUCCUUGAGCAUUCUGAGCACUGUGAUUGGCUGGAACCAGGGCCAGGCCAUGGCCAUCAUCCAAUCACUGAUGCUGUCAGGAGCCGUGAAGAUCAACAGCGCAUCCACCUUGACAGCGCUGGGUUCCCUGGUGACCGGUGUUCCCUCGGCAACCUUAGGCAGCAUCAACGGCACGGAACUCCUCUACGCGUCCCAGGAUCCCACAUUCAUAACAUACAUGCAGACCGCCCCGACGAUCUUAAUCCAGACUUUCGUCACUCAGUUGAUCACAGUGAACCCUAACCCAGACAGUAUUCUCCAGAACGUCCCAGACAGCAUGUCUACUGAGAUCCCCAGGUCCCUGCUGCAGGGCUUCUCUCAGAGCAGUGUGGUGGUGGAGAAACUGAACCAGAAGACGUGGAGACACGAACAGGCUGUGUUGUUCUUUGACACAGUGGCUCUAGGAAUUGACAACUCCGACAAUAUGUCAUCCAGCGUGCUCCAGGGCUUCACCUGCACCAGAGUGGCCAGUAUGACCACAACCAAGAUCAAGAAACUGGUCAAGGCCUGCAGGAGGAAGGGCAAGAACAGGGUCGCACUGAGAGAGACUCAGUUGACCUGCAUGUACAACUACAUCAAGGAAGAGUCAAAUGUCACCAGCUACAACCUGUACCCUCCUGACAUGCUGCUUUACUACGACUACAGUAAGGUUCCUCGGGACACCUGUAAGGACUACUUCAGUGAGCUGGGAGACGCAGACUUCUCCGUGUUCUCCGACGCGCUCAGCUUCAAACGCACAGCCCUGGUUAACAACGUCAAGACCUGCCUGGGUAUCAGCGGCACGGUUCUGAGCAGUGACAACCUGCAGGUCCUAGGCAACAUGGUGUGUGUUCUGGACGGUUCCUACAUCCAGAACUCUGACCAGCUCAUCCUGCAGAAACUACAAAACUGUAAUGACCUCACCGACGAACAGGUGGCUGCCAUAGAAACGCUGUUAACGUCUGGGAAAACACAGUACGG